AUGGGGAGCUCUCAGGCCCCCGCCUCCAAGCCCAUCACCUUCCUGUGUACAGACUGGGGAAGGCUCCUGCAAGCCCCGGGAGGCAGCUUCCGUCCCCGACUGCUGCCGUCCUCGUCCCCGUCCCCCCCUCCCCGUGCCCGGAAGCCCUGGGAAAAGUUCCGCUGUGGAAGCAAAGUCCGUGCUGGCGGUCGCAGCCAUGGCCGGGCACUGGGCAGCACUGGGCAGGGGCUGCGCUGCCCGCGGGCUGCGGGGCUGGCUCCUUUCCCCAGGCGGCGGGCCCAUGCGGGGGCUGCAGAGCGGCUGCAGCGGGAGUACGAUGCGGUGGUGAUCGGGGCAGGGCACAAUGGGCUGGUGGCAGCAGCCUACCUGCAGCGGGCAGGGCUGCGCACGGCUGUGCUGGAGAAACGCCAUGUGCUGGGCGGUGCGGCUGUCACAGAGGAGAUUGUGCCAGGCUUCAAGUUUUCCCGGGCAUCCUACCUGCUCAGCCUGCUGCGGCCGCAGAUCUACACUGAGCUGGAGCUGCAGCGACAUGGUCUGAGGGUGCUCCCACGGGACCCCUACUCCUUUACCCCGCUGCUGGAGGACAGGAGCCCCCCCCGCUCCCUCCUGCUGGGAAACAACAGGGCCCAGACCCAGCAGCAGAUCGCUCAGUUCUCCCAGAAGGAUGCCCAGGCUUACCCUGAAUAUGAGGCAUUCAUGGAGAGUUUAGUGUCAGCCCUUGACCCGCUGCUGGAUGCUGCCCCAGUGGAUACAGCUGCCCUGGGGCAGGGCUCCCUGCUCCAGCAGCUCAGUGCUCUGCGAUCCCUGUGGCCCCUGCUGCGGGCAGGGCUGGCGCUGGGGCGGCAGCUGCCCCGCUAUUACGAGGUGCUCACAGCCCCUAUCUCCAAGAUCCUGGAUCAGUGGUUUGAGUCGGAGCCCUUGAAGGCAACUCUGGCUACUGAUGCGGUGAUUGGAGCCAUGGCUAGCCCCCACACCCCGGGCAGUGGGUACGUGCUCUUGCACCAUGUGAUGGGUGAGCUGGAGGGACGGCGGGGGGCCUGGGGCUACGUGUCCGGUGGGAUGGGAGCCCUGUCCCAAGCCAUUGCCAGUGCAGCAGCUGCCAGGGGAGCCCACAUUUUUGCUGAGAAGGCUGUGUCCCAUGUGCUGCUGGGCAGGGAUGGGCAGGCGCAGGGCGUUGUGCUGCAGGAUGGGAUGGAGGUGAGGAGCAAACUGGUGCUGUCCAAUGCCUCACCCCAGAUCACCUUCCUGGAGCUCAUCCCCCAGGAGCAGCUGCCCAAGGAUUUUGUCCGGCGGAUCCAGCAGGUUGACACGCGCUCCCCAGUCACCAAGAUCAAUGUGGCGGUGGAUCGGCUGCCCAGCUUCCUGGCUGCCCCCAAUGCCCGCGAUGGCCAGCCCCUGCCCCACCACCAGUGCUCCAUCCAUCUCAACUGUGAGGACACCCACCUCCUGCACCAGGCCUUCACUGAGGCCACCCAUGGGCACCCCUCCAGCAGGCCCAUGAUCGAGCUCUGCAUCCCCUCAGUGCUGGAUCCAGGCCUGGCCCCACAGGGCUGCCAUGUUGUGUCCCUCUUCACCCAGUACACCCCCUCCAUGCUGGCAGGUGGGAGGCACUGGGAUGAGCAGGCCAGAAAUGCAUAUGCAGACACAGUGUUUGACUGCAUUGAAGCCUAUGCCCCAGGGUUCAAGGCAUCCGUCAUCGGCAGAGACAUCUUGACACCACCUGACCUGGAGAGGAUCUUUGGGCUGCCUGGUGGGAACAUCUUCCAUGGAGGGAUGUCUCUGGACCAGCUGUACUUCGCCCGGCCAGCACCAUCCUACUCAGGCUACCGGUCCCCAGUUCCUGGCUUGUAUCUAUGUGGAAGUGGAGCCCAUCCUGGAGGAGGAGUGAUGGGAGCUGCAGGACGCAACGCUGCCCAUGUGGCCCUCCAGGACUUUAGGCACCUGUGAUGGCAAUGAUGACACCAGCUUCACCUAUACAGGGCUGUGGCUGCAGUGAGCCAUGUUGAUCCCAUGCAGGGCCCUGCCCAUCCACAGCUUGCUUCCCAGGCACCACAGGACAGCAGCAGCCUCCGAGAGCUUUGUGGAGGUGAAGGCUGGCAGGUCCCAUGUGCU